CAGAAAUUCCCCAAGCAAAGAUCUCGACUCGUUAGUUUGCCUCUGUCCAGGUAGCGUCUGUUGAGGCCACGGCGUCAAGAAGGUCUCUUUCAUCCCGGCGAGGAUAACAAAGGCGGUCGCUCUAGCUCUCUGGAGCAUCAGUAUCUAGACAAGAAAGAUGCCCCGGAUGUCUCGACCCGUCGGAGUUGGCUAUCGUCUACUCGGAAACGGACGGCAACUUGCUCGUCUGCACGUCUGAGUCAACGAGCCAUCGGGUUUGACAUGACCGAGUCCACGUCGCAGUCACAGAAAUCAGAGCAUCUUCCGGUGGUCGCACGCCGCCGCAAAAGUCUAGGCGAUGUCUUCCAAAGCGUCAGGAUCAUGAAAUGGGUCCGUGAUAGAACCAUAGACUCCGACGAGCCAAAGCACCCAGUUGCAUCUUUUAUGUCAGAGGACGAAAUGUCAAAGGACGGAUUGUCAAAGGACAGACUGUCAGAGGAUGGACAGUCAGAGGCGAUAGAAGAUGCGGAACCAGGACCAUUCAACCCCGCCUCGAAUAUUCCACCUCAACUUGAGGUUCUAUCCGAGUUGAAUCAGGGGAACCUACAGAGAUCUUCCACCUUUCGAACCUUUCUAGAGAAGGCCGCCACUGACAUCAACGUCAAGUAUGGUUUGGCCCAGUCUUUACCAGCAUUCAAAGGUCGCAGUCGCUUGCCUUCGUGGCAGAAGAUUCUACCAGCAAAUAUUCAAAUCACACCAACCCGGACCACGAGCUCGUCUCAACCCGAACCUGGGCCCGGCACGGUUGCAGAAGCUUACUCGACGCCACCUGGCAUGCUUUUGGCUGAUAAGGCUACUAUUCCUUCUUGCCAAUCUUGUCACUCCCAGGCCUGUUGUCGCAGCAAAGAGAAGAGAGGGGUACCCAUUCAUCAAGUUGACAAAAUCUUGGAACAAUCGCUUCAUCUCAGGGAUCCCCCUCAGAAACCGCAUUUGAUGGAGCAUUUCACACUACCGAGACCCAGGGGCAGCGGAAAUCUCCCUGAUACUGCAUUGUCCCCCGUGUACAUUUCGGACAAUGGUCAGAAACUGGUCGAAGGCAGAUGGCUCGAUAACGAAUCUACCCGGACGACCCGUAUCUCAUGUCCCGAGCACGAGGAUCAAGAUGACUCCGAAUGCCACGUGUCUUGCCGAGAAAAACGCCCGGUCACCCCUGACAUACCCCCUGUAUCUCCCUCAGAAUCAGUUACUACCCUGAUGCUACCUUCAAGGGCCGUAUCUAAUUCUACGGAUGCUCAAUUUGGCAAAACAGAACCGUGUUCUCUGAUUCAUCUUAGGGCAUGGAUUAAAGAGUCCAAGAUGAAAAGCACGCCUAAUCAUUUGGCCAUCGAAACUGAGCCUUCUUCAGAGAUUCCCUAAUAUCCCCUUUGCCCAAGAACUUGCAUUACCUUUGUCAGAGCAUCGGCUUAGAACA